AUGGCAGCUGCAGCAGCAACACUAGCCCAGCAGGCACUCGACAUGGCUACUAUGGCCAAGUCGUCAGCCGAUACCACUUGGGUCUUGACUAGUGCGGCUCUUGUAAUGAUCAUGACACCAGCUUGUGGGUUCUUUUAUGCUGGAACAAUUGAAUUCAAAAAUAGUCAGCAUAUGGUCCUACUCAGUUUGCUUUGUCUUGCUGUCGUAUCCAUACAGUGGUACGUUUUCGGAUACUCGCUCUCCUUCAGUGAUGUCAGUCCGAAUAAUUUCAUUGGUGACUUUUCAUAUGCUGGGUUAAGAGGACUGUUUUCCGGCAAAUCACAUCCAUUGGCACCUACCAUACCUGCUGCAGCUUUCAUGAUCUACCAAUGCAUGUUUGCUACCGUAACACCUGCCAUCAUGGUUGGCUCAGUUGCGGAGCGUAUUCGUGUAGGGCCCUUCGUCCUAUUCUGCUUCUUGUGGACGACAAUUGUCUAUGACUUUGUUGCCUACUGGUGCUGGUCACCUAACGGCUGGUUGCACGUUCUUGGAUACCAAGACUUUGCUGGAGGACAACCUGUACAUUCAAUCGCAGGAUGGGGAGGUCUAGCAAUGACUUUGGUAAUGGGCCGUAGAAGAACCCCAAACACGACACCACACAAUUUGCCAUUAAUGGCUCUUGGAACCGUACUGCUGUGGUUUGGAUGGUUUGGAUUCAAUGGUGGAUCCGCUUUAGCUAUGAAUCAACGUGCUGUUAUCGCCGCUAUCAACACAAACACAGCAGCCGCUGCAGGAGGAAUGGCUUGGCUCUUUUAUGACUACAGAAUCCACAAGAAAUUCACAUCUCUAGGCUUCUGCAGUGGUGCGAUUGCCGGUUUAGUAGCCAUCACACCAGGCUCUGGAUUUACGACCCCAUACUAUUCUAUCAUUUUUGGAGUCUUGGGAGCAGUGUUAGGAAACCAUGCAUGUUUCUUGAAGGGACAACUUGGUUUUGAUGAUACUCUAGAUGUUUUCCCUGUGCACGGUGUGGCUGGAAUGGUUGGAACAAUCUUGACUGGACUUCUGGCAUAUGUAUUUUCACUCAUCCCGGUUCUGAACUUACGGACAAAUGAAGAAGAUGAAGCAUUCGGUUGCGAUCUCACACUAUUGGGAGAAGUAGCUUACGACUUUUCGAACUCUGCCCCAGAGGCUAAAGAAGAGAACUAA